AUGGAUGAUUACAAGCGUCUCAGUGAAAACCCGUUUGCCGAUCCGAGUUUCACUAGCGUUGGUGGAAACAGCGCUUCGCGCCCACCAGUCUCUACGACUACAGUUCAAGAUCAGGGCCUAGAAGGCUACAAUCCGUUUGGCAAAGACGCCCCAAAAAAUACAGCACCACCAUAUCCAUCUGCCCCAGCACCGCGAUUGACUACAGAUGAGUUGCAACGACGGCAAGAGGAGUUGGAACGACGUGCUGCUGAGCUAUCACGAAGGGAGGAAGAAUAUCGAAGAUUAGAGGAGCAAACAACACGCAAGAACUGGCCUCCACUACCGCGUUUCUGCCCCUGCCACCCUUGUUUCUACCAAGAUAUUAACGUGGAAAUUAAAAUGGAGUUCCGCCGACUCGUCACAAUUGGAUACUACAUUUGGAUUUCAUACGCUGUCCUACUGGCCGUCAAUAUUCUCGGCACGGUGGUCUACCUGACCGCAUCGUCCGAUCCCAGUGGGGGCACACUUUUUGGUGUGUCAAUUCUGAUCUUCAUAUUAUGCGUUCCUCUAUCCUACAUUUGCUGGUUCCGUCCUCUUUAUAAAGCCUUUAACGGUUUGUUAGUGGGCCUGAAUAUAGUGAAGUCGAAUCCAGGCGUCGGUGGCUUUAUUCUUUUCCUGGCCUGCCUCUUCGGCUGCGAACUCGCUGCCUGCGGAUACUAUUUGGUGCAGGUCCAUCGAACCUAUCGUUCGACCGGAGCGAGUUUCGGUAAAGCACGUGAAGAAUUUGCUAGUACAAUGGCUUCUAACCAGAUGGUCCGCAGUGCUGGGAUGUCAGCGGCACGGGAGGCCUUUGUGGGACCACAGUCAGGCGACAAUGCUCGUUACUGA